UUGGUGAAUGAAAGAGAGAAAGGAAAGAGAAACUGAAAGGAAAAUUAUUAAAAAAAAUGUUAAAAAAGAGAAAAUAUUGAAAAAAAAGGAAGAGAGGAAAGCGUAAAGUGAUGAACGAAAGGAGAGAAGGGGAAACAAAACAAAAGAUUGGAUAACAGAGGGAACUGAAGAGAAGUACAGAAAUUAAUUAAGAAAUGAAGAAGAAAAAAAAAGUAACAGAAAGGAAGGAAAAAUAAGUGAUGAAUUUCUGUGUUUGAAAUCUGCCGCGAAAAUUCAGCAGAAAACGAGGAAGAUAAAUGAAAAAAAAAAGAAAAAUGAAUGUAACCUUUUGAAAAUACGAUAAAAAAAAACAAGAAAAAAUAAAUAAAAACUCAAAUCUGUGGAAGAAAUAAACGAGAUGAAAAAAAACAAGAAAAUAAGAUGUUUGGUAUUUGAUUUGAUGUACGUGGGAAGAAAGAAAGAAAGAAAACGGAUUGUGUGUGUGUGGACAGGCACGUGGAAGGUUGUCUUGUCAUUUAAACACGAGACAAAAGAAAGUUUAGAUAAAUAAAUGUGUACCUUUGAAUUAACAAGGUGAAAUUUAUGCUCAAAAUUAAAGAAAAAGGAAAUAGAAUGAAAAUAAAUAAAUAAAUGUGUAUCUUUGAAUUAACAAGGUGAAAUUUAUGCUCAAAAUUAAAGAAAAGGGAAAUAGAAUGAAAAAAAAAUAAAUAAAGGUGUAUCUUUGAAUUAACAAGGUGAAAUUUAUGCUCAAAAUUAAAGAAAAGGGAAAUAGAAUGAAAAAAAAAAAAAUAAAGGUGUAUCUUUGAAUUAACAAGGUGAAAUUUAUGCUCAAAAUUAAAGAAAAAGGAAAUAGAAUGAAAAUAAAUAAAUAAAUGCGUAUCUUUUAAUUAACAAGGUGAAAUUUAUGCUCAAAAUGAAACGAAAAGCAAAUGAAACCAAAAAUAACAUCCAUGUUUUAAAAUUUACAAGGAAUUUAUGCUCAGAAUUACAUACGAAAGGAAAAAAAAAAGAAGGUAAUUAAAUAAAAAAAAAAACGUGCUUUGAAAUUCGUGCUGAAAAUUAAACGAAAAUCAAAUUAAAACGAAGAUAAAAAUCGUGUAUUUCGAAAUUGACGAGAGAAAAAUUGAACAAGAAACGAAGAAAGAAGUGAAAAAAAUUGAAAGGAAAGAAAGAAAAGAUUGUAGAUAAAUCACUUUGAAAUCUUACGCUGAGAAGUGAACAGAAGACACAAAAUUUGAAAAAAAAACGUUAUAUUUUGGAAUUUGUGUUGAAAGAAUCGGAAAAAAAAGGCAAGAAUGAGUAUGUACGAAGACAUGUAUAAAUUUUACAUCCAUAAUUGUAAUAAAAGGAUGAAUAAAUGAAUAAAUAAACUUGUGGAACUUGCAGAAUUGAAUGAAAGAAAACUCGAAUGAAGAUAAACAAAAAAAAAAAAAUAGAAAAAUAGAUAAAAUAAAACAGCCAUGGAAAAAUAAGAAAGAAAAACAGUAGAAGAAAAGAAAAACAAAAUAGAUAAGUAAUAAAUGAAUAUAUAAAUAAAUGAAAUCUUCGUGUUUGUAUCUAAAAAUUUUUCUUUUUUUAUUAAUUUCAGAAACAUUAACAUUUUAUAAUUGGUGACUUAAAAACAAAAAAACAAAAAAAGACAACAAUUUGAAUCCAAAAUGAAACACAAAAACAAAGGAAGGAAAAAACAGAAAUAAACAAUGAAAAGAAGAAAAGAAAACGGGCCAUUGGAACUCUGAAAGAAAACGAGAGAUAGAGAAAAUUGGAAGUGGCAAAAGGGAGUGAUAAAUAAACAAAAUAACAACAAAUAAAGCAAUAAAACGUUAGAGAAAAAGGAAAGAAAGGAAAAUAAAGCCAAAUCUCUUUUAUUUUUUUGCCGUAGUGAGAAAAUAAAGUCAGAAAAUAAAGAGAUUGAAAGAAAGCCACGAAAGAGGAGGAAGAGCAGAUUAAAACAACAACAAUAAAUAAAUAAAUAAAUAAAAGAUCAAAUAAAGCAAAUCUCUCUUAUUCUUGCCGUGGUGUUAAAGAAAGUGAGAAAAUAGAGCUAACUUUAUCACCAGUAAACAAAAAUAAGAUGAUGAUUGUAUAGAAAGAAGGAAUUUUUUUUUUUAUCUAACUACCAAACCCUCCUCUUCCUCCUCCUCCUCCUCCUCCUCCUCCUCCUCCUCCUCCUCCUCCUCCUCUUCUUCCUCCUCCUCAAUUCAUCCUGAAGAAAAAUAUGAAUGAUUCGAGGAAGCAGUGAGAAAGACACGAAACACACGCAACACAAUGGUGGAGCAGGACAGCGGUCGGAGGGAAGGAGGGGGAAGCUGACGACUGUGGCGUAGAGAGAGAGAGAGAGAGAGAGAGAGAGAGAGAGAGAGAGAGAGAGAGAGAGAGAGAGAGAGAGAUGGAUUCAGUCAAGGUGGUCACCGCACACAAGCUCUCCAUGUUGGUACGAAGCGAGAAGGCUCUGAUCAUCGAUACCCGCACUUUCUGUGAAUACAACACCUCCCACAUUCUUAAUUCUGUCAACGUGUGGUCUUCGAAGAUACGAAAGAAGAGACUGCAGCAAGAUUCGAUCUCAGUGCACGACUACCUGGCGCAGGCGUGUCACGUGAGCGAGGUGCCUGGGGGCGUAGACAUUAUCGUGUAUGACCACAGCGCGCCCUCCCUGUCUGCCGUGCCCCAAGACUCCUUCCUGCACGUGCUCCUCAAUAAACUCGGCAAAGCUUUUCCUGCUGUGUUCCUGCUGGCCGGGGGCUUCUUAGAAUUCCAAGCGAGGUACCCUGAGCUAUGCGAGGACUCCAGCAAGAAGGGCACCCCACUCACCACCCAGUCACAGCCAUGCAUGCCAGUUGCCAACAUAGGACCCACGAGAAUACUGCCCUUCCUCUAUCUCGGCUCCCAGAACGAUGCCAACAACAAGCAACUCCUGCAGGGCUACAACAUUCUGUACGAACUGAAUGUAAGUAUCAGCUGCCCCAAGCCAGAUUUCGUUCAGGAGUCCCACUUCAUGAGAAUCCCGGUCAAUGAUAACUUCAGUGAGAAACUUCUGCCUUAUUUCAAUGAUGCCUUUAACUUUAUUGACAAGGUGCGUGAGGGUGGUGGCUGUGUGUUGGUGCACUGCCUGGCGGGAGUGUCACGGUCAGCCACUGUUGCCAUCGCCUAUGUCAUGAAGCACCUCUCCCUGCCCUUUGAGGAGGCUUACAUGUAUGUGAAGAGCCGGCGUCCUACCAUCUCCCCAAACAUCAACUUUGUGGGGCAGCUGGCUGAGCUUGACCGGCAGCUGCGGCGUGACCCCGGGGCGCCCAGAGACCCCGCCUCCGCCCCCAUCCUCCUGCGCCCCCCUGCCUCCCCUGCCUCCCCUGCACUCCCAGUGCCCCACAACCCCUCCUCACCAGACCGCUCCGUUGGGAAGUCACUGAGCCUUAACCUGCAGUCGUCCCUUGAGUCGCCCCACAGCCUGCUGCCCCGCUCUCCACCAGACCUGUCCCCCUCCACGGCCCUGGCCCGCCUCACCUUCCCCCCUCCACGCCGCCCCGCUCCCCACGCUCCCCAGUGUUCACCCUGCGGCGUGGCUGUGGCUCCCCAGCCUCCCCCUCCACUCCCACCCCCUGCCCCUUCUUCCGGGGGCGGCUGGGAGCCCUGGGUGGCGGGGCGAAGGGGGAGGCAUGCACCCCAACGCCAGGGGAGGAUGGUGCCAGGGAGGGCAAGCAGCAGCAGCAGCACCAGCAGUCACAGCAGCAGCAGCAGCAGGCCCCCAGCAAAACAGAGGCUCCCCCUGCUGUGUCCUCUGCAUCCCCUGCCCCGCCCCCCGCAGCGCCCCGGCCCCGGCAGGUGUCCGUGUGUGCCCGUCCCCCUGCUGCCAUCACCACCACCACCACCACCACCACGGCUACCACACCCGUUACUCCUGUGCCCCCCACCCCCACCACGCCCCUACCCCCAACCCCCCUCACCCCAGCACCCACGGCACCCACCACACCCCUCACCCCAACCCCCACCCCACCCACGCCCCUCACGCCCACAGCCACGCCCCCAACGCCCCUCACCCCCAUCACUCCCACCACUCCCGCGGCCCGGCCGGGAGUGUGGGCGGCCACGGGAGGUGACGGUGCCCAUCAGGAGGGAGGUGCCCCUGGCCGUCACGGCUGCCGCCUCGCCCCGGCCCACCGCGCCCUCCACACCCACCGGCGGGGUGUGGGCUCCAGACACCCCCCACGAAGCGGCAGUGGCUGGCCCCGCCCCCGCCCGUCCCACCUCCCCCGUGCCCCCUGGGGUGCAGCAGAGUGACUCCGGCAUCCUGGUGGGUGGCGGGGCGUCAGGGUGCCCGGCUGGUCCCGCCCUGCGGCUGCCUCGCUGCCACUCGUCCUCGGAGACGCACCUCAGUGAGCGGCGGCUGCUGGAGCACCGGCCGCCAAACUUCUCGGCCCGCAAGUGUUCCAGCUACGAUGAGGUGGGGCGUGCCUGGCCGCUGUGCCCCGCCGUGCCGCCGCCCCACACACACCGCCCCUUCGAGCUGGUCCGCAGCGACAGUGUCUCCACCAGCGGCUUCGGUUCAGAGAUCUCUGACUCGGACUUCCUGGGGGAGGACGGCCCUGCCCCCCCAGAUGACCCCCUGGGCCCCUUCCAGGCCGUGUUUGCCGACGUGUUCCCCGGGGAGGGCCCGCUGCCUCCCCUGCAGCCCCGCCGCCACACGGGCCCCCUCACCAGCGUGCCCCGAGCCCCACGCCCCGCCAGCCUGCCGGGCGUCACCGGCACCUACUUCUCCCACCUGCAGAACCCCCAGAGCGACCCCAGCCUGGACAUGGGGGUGGAGCUGGACCGGGACGACGACGAGGAAGAGGAGGAGGAGGAGGAGGAGGAGGGGGUGGAGCUGCGGAGAGGAGGGCAGAGAGGGAGGAGAGGAGUGGAAAAGAAGGACUCCGGUUAUUACUCCUUCCUGACUGAACACCCACCUGUCAACACCAAAACUAUGGGGGAAGGAGUGCGACAUACCUCAAACUUACCGAGGAGAAGAGAGAGGCCUAAGAAUUUACAACUAAAUACCAUCACCACUACCAUCACCACCAUUACUACCCCUUCACCACCACCACCACUCACCCCUCCCCAGUCUUCCUCCUCUUCCUCCUCCUCGCCCUCCUCCUCCUCGUCUCGCAUGACCCCAGAGAAGAGGAAAGGAACAGAGGCACGAGUGUAGAGGAGAAGGAGGAGAAGAGGAGGAGUUGUGAGAUGGAAGGAGGAGGAGGAGGAGGAGGAGGAGGAGGAGGAGGGAGUUGGUCUUCCUCUAUUUGUGGUGGUUCUUCUAUCACUGUGGGGACAGGUGUGUCAGGGAAGAGACCCAUCCCUCGUUUGCUCAGGUGCCCUGACGGCGGCGCAGCAGCUGGUGCGCGGUGUGGAGCAGCUGCUGGACGCCGAGAUGGCAGACUUGCGGCGCCGCACAGCCGCAGCAUCCUCCCGCAUCAGACUCCUGGGGCGGACUGAGGAUCCGCCCCACUCUGCGCCUAGCCCCGCGGCACCCACGCCUGCACCCACACCCUCCAUUUUGGAGAAGGAUGGCCCCGGCCACAGCCACGCCCGGCUCAAGCCACCUAGGGCAGUGCGGCCCGGUCCUGGGGAGGGUGGCCGUGCCCGCAGCGAGCCGCCACUGGCUGCUGAGGAGGGCCUGUACCGUGCCCGCUCUUGUCCUGGUUUGCCCCGCAGUGCUGGUGCCCAGGAGGAGGCAGGGCCACUGCCAGAUGUGCAGCUUGUGCGCCUGCGUGGGCCGCGGGGGGAAGCGCCCCGUGCCCCGCCGCUCAACCGGUACUCCUGUGGGGCGCUGGACGGGCCACCACCCCCUGCCGCUGCCGCUGCUUCUGCCACCUUUGAGUCGUGCCCAGACUUUGGCAGCCUGAGGCAGUGUGUGCGGCGCGGUGACUCCCACCACUCCUCCUCCUCCUCCAUCUCCUCCACCCACUCCUUCACCAGGCUGCUGCAGGUGUCCUGAGCCAGCCCCACCCCCCCACCCCCACCCUGUGACCCCCAACCCGGUGUGCCCCGCCACCACCACCAUCACCACCACACCAGCGCAGCCCCAGCCUGUACAUACUUAGAAAUACUGGACGACUUAAGUUAUUCACCGCAGGGAAGGAAGGAAGGAUGGACGGGAGAGUGUACAUAGUGAUGGUGACCAUGUGUGAUGCUGGGGCUGCACACACACACACACACACACACACACACACACACACACACACACACACACACACACACACACACACACACAUAUGGCAUAACGUUUUGUGUACUUAACCUUUAAAGAGAGAGUGAGUGAGGCAAAGAUUGGACACACACACACACACACACACACACACACACACACACACACACACACACACACACACACACACACACACACACACACACACACACACACACAUUUUGAAUCACUAUAUAAGGAAACACAUGAAAAGAAUUGAGAAGUGUGUGUGUCUAUGUGAGCAACACACACACACACACACACACACACACACACACACACACACACACACACACACACACACACACACACACACACACACACACACACACACACACACACACACACACAACCAUGUAAUUAUGGGUGGUGUGCUUAAUUGAAUAUUAUCAAAUAAUAAUAAUAAUAAUAAUAAUAAUAAUGAUAAUAAUAAUAAUAUUAAUAAUAAUUUUGUCUAUACUUAUAUAUAUUUAUGAGAAGUUAUUUAUAUGAUCAAAGGACAGUGUUUGUUUGUGUGUGUGUGUGUGUGUGUGUGUGUGUGUGUUUGUUUGUGUGUGUGUGUGUGUGUGUGUGUGUAAUUAGAUUAAUGAGACUUAUCUAUUUCUUCUCUUUCUCUCUCUGUCAGAAUUACUAGUGGCGUUAAUUAACAGUCUGCUUUUUUAUAUCAUUUUUUUUAUUUAUUUUUUUCUAAUGCAAAGGAAAAGAAAAAUGAAAGCAAAGAGCUUUUUUUAAUGCAGUUGUGAAUGUUAAUUUUAUUUUUGUGGUUUCAGGAAAAAUCCAAAGAAAAGAAAGCGAUUUUUUCCUGUAGUUGUGAGUUUGGGUUUUAUUUUUUGUUCUUAUGGGAAGAAAAUCAAAGAAUGGAAGAAAAAACGUUAGGAAAAAAAUUAAUGAAAUACUGAAAAAAAAAAAGUUAGGAAGUCGUCACUAAAAUUGAAGUGAAAGAAAAAAAAAAAAACAUUUAUUAUCCUCAUCCAGUAGUGAAUGUUUUAUUUUUGUGGUUAUGACAAGAAUAAAUGAAAAGAAAAAAAAGUAAGGAAAGAAACAAAAUAUGAAAAAGGCAGAAACAGUAAAAAUGAAAACAAGAAAAAGUAUUAAUAAUUUCUUCUCAUUAUUAUUACCUCUUUUGGUCUUGGUAUUAACAAUAUGCAUCACUUUCUUUUAUUAUUAUGUUUUAUGGAAAUUUAUAUGAAAAAUGAUUAAGUUUUGUUUCCAGUGAUGUGAUGGCCUGAUGUCAUUGCCUUUGGUAUUAAUUCAUUUAGUUUUCUGUUAAUGAAUUUGGAUAAGGAGCAAAUGGAAUUGUAUUUCAGUGGAACCUCAGUUCUCAAACGUAAUUAAUUUUUGAAUGAAUGUCGUUCAGAAUCCAAAAUGUUCAUAAAUCACAGCUAUUUUUCCAAUAGGAGUUGAUGUGAAAUGGAUUAAUCUGUUCUCAGACACCAGGCAAUUGCUUUUUAAACUUUUACAAGAGUACUCUGUGCAUAACACCGUACAGGGAAGCCCCCGUUGUACAAGCAUUUGAUACACGAGGAAACGAUGAUACGAGGUGAGUAAAUUAUUGACCGUUUUCAUUAUACGAGCACAAAAAAUCCGAUGGCAUGAGAAUCAGUCUGGGGUGAGUAAAGUGAUGAAGGCUGAGUGGGAGACUUGUAGCUGAGUCACCCCAUCAAACUCUGUGCCUGCCAUUUUCUGUCAUUCCUCAGAUGAAGUUGUUAUGUUGCUAGAUGAGUGUUGUGCUAGUUUUAUAUGUUCAUGUACAACUAAAUGAAGAGUAAAUCUGCUGCAUGGUGUGUUCCAGAAAUGAAGGAGAAAUCAAGCAAAUUUUGUUCAUAAAGUGAUUUGUGAGAAAAGAAAGCUGUUUGGUAACUGAGGUUCCUUCAUAUUUAACAAUGAAAUGUUGUGUUAUUAUUAUUUUCAUUUUUGUUUCAUCUAUUUUUUAAUUGCAAAUUGUGAAGAAAGUAUUGCUUUAUUAUUAUUAUUUUCGUUUUUUUCUAUUUUUUUCUCUGAAUUGCAACUGAUGUUGAAAAUUGGAUUUUUCUAUUUUUUUCCAAUCACAACAAACAAAAAGAAAAGAAAACCAACAAGAAACACUGUGUUAGUGACAGAAACGUUAUGAACUGAGCAGGACGAGGAAGUACAACAAACAAACAAACAAACAGACAGACAUACAAAUAAACAAAAAACGGUGAUAAUAAGUAAACAGACAAAAAAACAAAACAAAACAAAAUAACAGCUUUCUUAUGUUUUUCUUGGGUGAUGUACAAACAAACAAACAAAUACAAGCAAUGGACAGUUUUUCUAUGUUAGUUAAAUGCACUUCUUCUCUUUCUCCUCCUCCUCCUCCUCUUCUUACUGUUUCUACUUUUUUUUUUUCUUCUCUCCUUUCUGUGUAUGUAUGUACCAGAAUCAGUCUAUCUAUCUACCUAUCUAUCAUUUUAUUAAACUAUCUAUCUACUGUCUAUCUGUCUAUUCAUCUACACUUCUUAUCAUCACAACUGAGGCUAAUCCUGCAAAGAGUUACUGAUAAAGAUAAAAACAAACUACUACUACUACUACUACUACUACUACUACUACUACUACUACUACUACUACUACUACUACUACUACUACUACUACUACUACUACUACUAGGCAUUAUCCAUGAUCGGUGAGGCUUGAUGCUGUAAUAUUACUAGUUAAGGAUCUACUGCAAGACUUUCCCUGCUCGGAUCCUUCGCGCCUUCCCUCUAUCCCACCGCUGCCACCAAUGCGAGGGAGAGAGUGAGUGUGUAUGUGUGUAUGAUGAACUGAGAUGAUUAUGUACAUGGUGAUACAAACUUAACCAUGGUGUUUUUGGUUUAUAAGAGUGAGUGUGUAUGUGGUAAACUGAGAUAAGUGCAGUAUGUGUGAUAAUACAGACUUUUAUAUGUUUUUUUUUUUUUUUUUCCAUGAUUAUUAUUGUUAUUGUUAUUAUUUUUUUUAUUAUGAUUUUUACGUAUUAUGAUUAUCAAAUUUUCUUCAUUUCUCUUAAUUUAAUCUUUUAUUGCAUAAACGUGAAAUUAUAACAUUGUAGAAUCUGCACUAUUAUUAUUAUUAUUAUUAUUAUUAUUAUUAUUAUUAUUAUUAUUAUUAUUAUUAUUAUUAUUAUUGGUGGCAGCACUUUAUUUAUUUAUUUAUUUGCAUAUUUUAUUUGUUUAUCAAAUCGCUUGGCGUGUGGGAAGGCGACAACACAAAAAAGCGAGGGAGGAGCAGGAAGUCUUCGUCUGUGUGACUACAACAAGCUGUAAAAAAUUGACUUGUGACUUGUGAAGUUUACAGAUAUUUGGUGAAUAAAAAAAUGUUACUUUAC